AUGCCUCUACAAAAAUCCUACUCGGAUCAAGUUGGUCGAACUAAGCGCUUGCCAUGGCAGCGAUCGAGGAGCAACCCCGUUCAGCAAACACCAAGGCCUCGGGCACUCCAACCUGUGUCCGAGGUGACCAAGAAUAAGCUCAAUAAGUUUCAGUACCACCCGGCGAAUGGCGAAUCAGCCACAGAGAGCACAGAAAACGAUCAGAAUGUAUCAACCAACCGAACUAAGGAUGAUACAACAACGACACCCGCUACUCGAUUGACCUGGCAAGAGCUGCUCGAGCCUGUAGGUGGUACCGAAGAUGACACAACUACUUCGCCGAAUGAUCGGCUCCUCUGGGACAAUAGACAGGAUACGUUGUACAUGCCAGCAUUGUCCCCCAUGUUGAGCCGCAAAGGAAGAAAACGUGCUAGGAGCUCAUCACCUGUUUCAUCUCCGGUGGCGGACAAGUCCAAUACACCUUCAGUAAACGUCAGGAAGCUGGCGCAGGCCCUCAAGUCACCACACGCGGAUCCAACACUGGAAUUAUGGGACCGAUAUUCGCUAAAUGGAAUCGACAACGCAGGUAGCCCUCUAGGACUUGCAAACCCUGCACUUGCACAGUUGAUGGUAUCGUCUUCGCCACGGCCAUCGAAACCAACGGCUGGCGAAUCCAAUCUCAGACGAGCAAUAAGUUGUGGCUUGAAUUGGCCCAAAAGGAGAAGGGUGGAAAGAUCAACGUCAGGUAUUCGCCUGAGUACUGAGAUGGAAGAGAUGGAGGCAUCCAAGUCUUCAAUGGUAAAUGCACUGCUUGAUACGGUGACUAGUAGCAUCAACGGGCCAAGUGAUGAGCCCCGCGAGGAGCCCCAAGAUGCUCCAGAAUCUCCUUCUCCUAAGAAGAGGCGGAUAUAUACCACUAGCAGUGGCUCUCCACGCCUCUCAAAAACCCAAGCCAGGUUUCAAACACCUGCACAACACCCUGCGCAACAGCAUGUUCAAGUUCCGGCUCGACCUCCAGUUCAACUACCACCUCCAGAACCUGCUUCCUCGGACUAUGGUGAUGAUGACUUUGACGAAUUUGACGACGACACCAUAAUGCAACUUGAAGCCAGCAUCAACACUACUCAAUUGGAAACAAAUCCACAACCAGAUGUAGCAGUAGCCGAAAACAGCCCGGUAUCCGAGAUCGAUCACAAGACACCGGAAAGGUUUGACGGGAAGCUGGACGAAUUUGACGACUUGGAUGAUGACUUCUUCGACGAGGCAGAAGAUCUCAUUACUGCGGACUCUCAACAAGUAUCACAGGCUCCAGCAGCAACAGAACUUGAUGACUUGGAUGACGAAUUUGGAGACGCAUUUGGCGGAGACUUUGAUUUUGAAGCCGUGGAAUUGGCCGCAACACAAGCGGCCCAGAACUGCUCCGGAGACAGCCGGAAACCAAGAACAAUCCAACGAUACCUGGUAACGAAUGUCUUGGAGGGCGAGUAUACGGAUCAAUACGGACAUGCACGGCCAGAAAAGAUUCUUCUCAUUCAGGCCGACAAUUCAAAAGAUAUCAAGACGGUUCACCUGAGGGCUUCAUGGUUUGACACACCAGCCCACGCAGAUGCCUACGUUCACAUUAUAGGCGAUUUCUCUUUAAGAGGUCAAUGUAUCGUUGACGAUGGCCAAAAUCUCCUUAUCUUACACCCUGAUCAACUCAUAUCCGCGACUGUGGUGGCUGAUUCGUUCGGUUGCAUGCGCCGUGCUGUGCUGCAAGAUCGAGUCAAGGCCACCAGUCCUCCCACACCACCCCUUAUCUACGGAACAAUGCUACACGAAAUUUUCCAAGAGGCCCUUCUUGCUAACAAGUGGGAUCUCCCUUUCUUAUGCGCCGUCAUCGACCGAAUAACAGAAAAGCAUGUCGAGGACCUCUAUACUAUCAAAGUUGGCAUACCUUCAGCUCGAGAGCAUCUGCAAUCGAAAAUGACCGAAUUGAGUUACUGGGCUGGCGCUUUCGUAUCUUCCCGCCCAAAGGAGGAUGCGGUAGUUGAAGACCGAAACGGGAAAAAGGCAAAUAUGGCCGUUACCAAGCUCUUGGAUGUUGAGGAACACGUGUGGUCCCCAAUGUACGGACUCAAGGGCAACAUCGACGCAACUGUUGAAGUUGCAAUGCAAGAUGGAAAUGAUAUUCGGACUUUGACUGUGCCGUUUGAGGUCAAGACGGGUAAACAUGCAAACAGUAACCAUAUGGCUCAAACUGCACUCUAUACUUUGCUCUUAUCGGACCGCUACGAUAUUAAAAUUGCGUAUGGGAUCCUCUACUAUAUGGAAACAUCCAAGACGAUGCGUAUUCCCGCAAUCCGACACGAGCUCCGACACAUGAUCAUGCAAAGAAAUCAACUAGCAUGCUACGUUCGAGAAAGGAGUGUUCAGUUGCCACCAAUGCUCAAGAGCAAGCACAUGUGUGGAAAAUGCUACGCCAAGACAUCGUGUUUCAUCUACCAUCGACUCGCUGACGACGGAGAUGGAGACUCGAGUGGCAUGAACGAGAAAUUUGAUGAGCUCGUCAAGCAUUUAACCCCUCAUCAUCAACAAUUCUUCAUCAAGUGGGAGAAUUUACUGACCAAAGAAGAGAAAGAGAGCCAAAAAACCAAAAGAGAGUUAUGGACAAUGACUAGUGUUGAACGAGAAAAGAAAUCUCGAUGCUUUGCAGAUGUUAUCAUCGAAGAGGGUUCGGCUUCAGUCGACACGGACAACCCUAGGAUCAAUCGAUACCACUACACCUUUGUCAAGCGAGUUCAAGUUUCAGGAUUCUCAUUCCUGGAGUCUGAGUUGUCAGUCGGAGAGCCAAUUGUGGUCUCUGACGAGGAGGGCCACUUCGCCUUGGCCAUAGGCUACGUUACAGCAGUCAAGAGGCAACGAAUCAGUGUCGCAGUUGACAGGCGACUCCAUAACGCCCGCAUUCGGCAACCUGGCUUUGACGAGAAGGAUAAUCAGAUUUUUGCUAGCAUUAUGGACGUUGCCCACGAGGGAGCGACACAGGACGAGGCAACAGGCAAAAUUAAAGAGGCCCCUAUUCGCUAUCGACUCGACCAAGAUGAAUUCAGCAACGGGAUGGCGACUGUUCGUAACAACCUCGUCCAGAUGAUGGCAGACGAUAUCGUGGGAUCGCGGCAAAUUCGACGACUGAUCGUCGAUCUAGAAGCACCAAGAUUCAAGGCUGCGCCAACUCAGUACAUCGUGUCGGAUCGAGAUAGUCUCAAUGUUGAUCAACAUCGAGCCAUCGAAAAAGUCAUGAGUGCUCAAGACUACGCACUUGUUCUUGGAAUGCCUGGUACUGGAAAAACAACAACAAUUGCUCAUAUCAUCCGCGCUUUAACAUCUCAGGGGAAGAGUGUACUUCUGACCUCGCAUACACACACUGCUGUGGACAACAUUCUGCUAAAGCUCAAGGCUGACAAGAUACCUAUCCUUCGUCUCGGUGCCCCCGCUAAAGUGCACCCCGACGUCCAGGACUUCGCUAUUCUUGCAGGCCACCCAAUGAAGUCGUUCGAUGAGAUAAAAAAUGCAUGGCACGGGACACCAAUCGUCGCAACGACAUGUCUUGGUAUCAACCAUUCCGUCUUCCAUGAACGUUCCUUUGAUUACUGUAUCGUGGACGAGGCAUCGCAAAUUACCCUGCCCAUCUGCGCUGGUCCGAUCAGAAUGGCUCGCACUUUUGUCCUUGUUGGUGACCAUAAUCAGCUCCCUCCCGUGGUAAAGAACGAAGAAGCACGUGAAGGCGGUCUCGAUGUCAGCCUGUUCAAACUCUUAUCCGAUACUCACCCCGAAUCGGUCGUCAACCUGGAGCAUCAGUAUCGUAUGUGUGAGGAUAUCAUGGCUCUGAGCAACACUCUCAUAUAUAAUGGAAGGCUUCGGUGUGGUACAGAGCAGCUUCGAAGGCGGAAACUUGAAGUUCCACGAAUGGAGGCUCUCAUGCAGCGACACUACGAUGCAUCGACCAUCAAUGCAGCAACUCCCCGGUCAUUCUGCACUGCCCCCGGUCCGAAUCGAUGCUGGCUAUAUGACCUUCUCGAUAGCGAGACACGCGUGCGUUUCAUUAACACUGACACAAUCCAACCUCCGGUUCGUGAAGAAGCUCAGGGCAAACGAAUCGUCAACUCAGCUGAAGUCCGCAUCGUUUCUCAGCUCGUUGACAGCCUUUUGACAGUUGGAAUUCCAGCUUCUGAAAUUGGUGUGAUGACACACUACCGAGCACAGCUUUUUAUGCUCAAAGACAAGCUCAAGAUGUUCUCCGGAGUAGAGAUGCAUACAACAGAUCGUUUCCAAGGACGAGAUAAGGAGGUGAUAGUCCUCAGUCUCGUGCGAAGCAAUGAAGCGUGCAAUAUUGGAGACCUGCUGAAGGAUUGGAGACGAAUCAACGUUGCUUUCACACGAGCCAAAACGAAGCUCCUCGUUGUUGGGAGCAAAUCGACACUGAAGGGCAGCGGCAGCGACAGUAUGCUAAGCCGAUUCAUAUCUUUAAUGGAGGACCGGAAUUGGAUUUACGAGAUGCCUGCCAAUGCGCUUGAGAAUCAUUAUUUUGAGGACUUUGGUACACAGAUCACAGCUACAGGCCCUACACAAAGGAUUAAAUCGCCACGGAAGAAAGCUUCUGGAAAGGAGAACCGCAGGCGCUCACCAAAAACGGCCAGGAUUAGCGACAAGGCGUUAUUAAAAGGGAAACUUAUCACGAGGGACAUCUUGAACGAAAUGACCAACGGCGCAUAUGUUUGA